AUGUUUGACUGUCCCAACCUCCAUAGCGUCACAGACACCCUCUUGUUGUUACUGCAGUUCAUAAAGGAGCUGGUGAACACCACAUGCCAGCAGCGGCAUAGGAUCUCCUAAGAGCAGUGAGAAGUACUUAUCUGGUCCUUCAUCAUCUGCAUCUGGGGCCUCCAGAGGCCUCUGUUUAUUUGAAGGUGUGGUUACUAUUUGAUGUUGUAGAACAUUAAUUAUGAUGAUUUUGUCUACCACACUUUCCAAAAGAGAUGCCUGUUAUUGAACAACCUGUUUGUCAUUGGCAGUGCUGUGAUGCUAUUGAGCAAAACGGCCAUGUACUUUGAGAUGAUCAUGGUUGGACAUUUCCUCUACAGCGUUAAUGCAUGUGUUAGCCUCAGUCUCCACCCAAUGGUGAUGUAAUGUGCCCUUUAAAGGCUGUGAGGAAUGGUGGUUUGUGUCUGUAGCCACCUCAGCUUCUGGGGAUCAGGUGAGCUGUCUGGUUCUAGUGUGUCAGUCAGGGAUCUAUUGGGGACAGAGGACAGGUGGCAGUGGUUGCUGGGCUUCAGUGGUGCGACCUCCCUGCUCUAGCCUGCCACCCUGCCACUCCUCCCAGAGUCACCCCGAUACCUGCUGCUGGACCGGGGUGACCAACAGGGCUGUGAGAAAACCAUCCGCAGGCUGUGGGGCAGCAGAGACCACAGUGUGGAGGGAGAGAUGCUGGUGGAGAACGCCUCCCUGAAGGGGUUCCGCAGCCACACUGUGGUGGACCAGGCCGUACGCUGGCAACUGCUCACCGUCCUCGUCACCUUCAAUGCUAUGUGCCUUUACUAAUUUGACGUGUUCCAUAUGGCAAGGAUCCCCACCCACCAGUUGCGCCAUGUUGCCUUGGGAACCGGUCUGUGUGAGAUUUCCACCUCUGUGGCAUGCACGUUCGCCAUUGAUAGCACAGGAAAAAGGCUGCUCCUCUACAGGGAUUACCUAUGCAUGGCAGUUACCCAGGGUCUUCUGGGUUACUCUACCUGCAGGUAAGUCACACUUUAUAUUCAGAUCCAAAUCUCCUGGAUCCCUUACUGCAGUGUAGUUCUCAUCUUCACCUUCUUCUACUUCAACCAGUCGUUCAAGUCAGCAGCCUUCACCAUUGGCACCCUCAGUUGGCUGGUGCUGUUCGUAUUGGGACUCUUAUUUUAUGUUUAUACACAGGAGAAGUUGGACUACUACUGUUUGCUGUCUGGGGUGUUUUGGUGGUACAACAUGUCUGAAGCCAGGAACCUCACCAUGAUGGAGAUCACUGGUGGGAUGCAUCCUGUGAAUCUCAACAGGGGAUCCUCAGGGGAGGGAUAG